AUGGAAUCAAGCAGACGUCAAGGUGGCAUUCAGCAACUUCUUGCUGCAGAGCAAGAAGCCCAGCAUAUUGUCAAUGCUGCCAGAAAUGGUAAACUGGUUUCCUGAUUUCAGUCGUUAUGUGAUAUCAUUAUUGUAACUAUUUAUAAGAUAAUAGUGGUUUGUUGAGUUGGUGCGAACUCUGUCGAACAAGUGGUGUUGUUCUGUCUUUCACUUUUUUUUUGACCUCAGGUGGGCUCAACCAUCAAAGCUCCGAAAAUGAGACCCUCUUACUUCGGGAUUUUUUUUUCAAAUCUUCCAAUUAAGAGAGGCGCAAAGCUUUAAUAGAUCUUCCUUUUAAUCUUCUUCUUUGUGGGCAAAAGAAUCUUGUGUAUCAUGACUUAUGAUGUGCACAAUUAUUAGACAAAAUAUCCCCGUCCUCUUUCUCGCAACAAAAUACCUUGUGGAAAGAUGGUGGCCUAAAUAGAGAGAGCAUUCUGAAAUAGAAUGCCACUCCUUUUCUUCAAUCUGCUGAACACCAUAAAGUUCUUAUGAUCCUGCAAAAGUUGUUCCAGCUAAUGGCGUAGCAAAUUCUGUAGUCCUUGUUUUCUAUCAUAUAGUUUCUAUCAUAGAUCUUAGACACAACCUCCCCGUGUUUAAUUUAGUGGAAUAUGGGGUUGGCGAUUCCCUGUCUGCAGCAUUUUGCUGAUUUCUGACAUUAUGCUGGGCUUGAUCUGAAUUCUACCAGGACUAGUUUUAUGUGCUGAAUCAAAAUUUUUCACAAGCUAGAAUAGAGUUUAAUCUUAUUGAGGGCUCACAGAUGUGGAUUUGUCACAAAUCGGAAGCCUUUUCUCUCUUGCCGUCAUAAAUUUGCUUACCGAGCUCUUCCAUCAAUUAUGUGUCCAUCUUCAUAUAAUUUGCUAAAGAUGUUAGGUUUUAAUUUCUCUCCUGGGGUAUAUUUCCAAUGCUUUUUGUCCCUCUUGGACAUCUUUCGGUGUGAUAUUAUGUAUCACCCUUUAAAUCUUGACAAAAUGACUGUUUUUCACUUUAGGGUAUUUUCAAGGUGUUGCCAAACAUUGUCAUCUAUUGAAUUCAUUCAGAUUAUGAUUGAUAAAGCUUCUGGAGUUUUUCAGCAGAAGUCUCCCUCUAGAAGCCUUUUUUUUCCCAGCACUUUAAGUCUUCAAGUCUUCUCUCAUUCCUCAUAUUAAAUUCAUAGAAAUUUGAAUAAAAUCAGCAGCUUGAAAAAUAUUUGAGGGACAGGUUGUUGACACUUGAAGAUAUGAAGGUUAUUCUUCUCUUUCCAAGAGCCUCCAUUCGUCUGGCAUUCAUAACUUCAGUCUUACCACAGAUGUCUUUUUUUUUUUUUCUUCCAAUGAGAUAUUCAUUCUCUCUCUUUGUUACAGUUGAAAUAGGAGAGCUCCAUUCAAGAUGUCAAUUUCAGCCUACUCGCUCUAAAUUCUAUCCUGAAUUGCUGAUGCAAGAAACACAUGCAAAUGCUUCUUGCAAAUGCCAGCUCCAUUGCAACAGAAGUUGAUUAAAAGGAGUUGGAUCUUUGCGCUGAUGCUUCUUGUCAUCUCGCAAAUGGACAAGAUAUAUUUGACUAACGUGGGCUGCAUUCAAUUCGGUGGAACCGAUCUGCACUCUGCUGAAAUGAACUUUACCUUAUCUUCCCUCCUCACUUUGGAAUCAAAUUUCAGGACUAGAGCAUUCUGAACCUGGAAUCCAAACCAACCGAAAAGGCAGAUGAAUAUUUUUCUGAAAACUCAACACAUUAUGACCCAUUUUUCAUCUUUUGAAAUUUGCACUUGGAAGAAAGUUUUCUUCAGCUCAACUGAUGACCGGAAGCUGAUUCAUUCUGCAUAAUAAUUUCAUGGCCUUCAGAACCCUUAUCCAUAAAAUCCCACUAUGACAAGACAAGUCGUUAACUUUUUUCUACACUUCAUCUUUCCUUUUGCAUUAAACUUGGUUCGACUACAGAUUUUGCAUGGCCGAUGAAUCAGUGUUACAUUUAUAAUUGCAAGUGAGAGGUGAUGAUAGGUAAUCCACGGAUAUUGCAUGGGGUUCUCUAAAACAUCAUAUGCAUGCUCUAUCACUACUACAAGUUGAAGAAAAAAGCACCAUUCUUCAUUUCAUUUAUUUCCUUUUCUCAUGAUCACCCUGUCAAUUUCGAGUGAAUACUUCACGUCUUUUACCAUGUUGCAACUUUCUCUAGGAUUCUUUUAUAUUUGGACUCUUUUUGUGACUUGUUCUGAGUUGAAACGUUUUGACAAAUUUUCUUAGACCACAGAGUUUAUUAUUUUUUUUAACUUCUUAUGAGUAGUGAGCAUUUUCCUAAUUCGCUGAAGAUUUUUGCACGUUGAUAUUCUACUCUAAGAUAAUUAUUCUUGGAUUUAUAGAUGGCUAGAUGGGCAGAAAGGCUCCUAAUUUAGCUGUACAGUAGUUUAUACACAUCACGUUUUCGGUCUCUUCUCACAUCACAGACCUCUCAUUCUUGCACCCGUCCUUGAUAUAAUCCAGCGAAGCUGGCCAGGCUGAAGCAAGCAAAAGAUGAGGCGGAGAAGGAGAUUGCCGAGUACCGCGCCCAGGUUGAGGCCGAAUUCCAGAAGAAGGUCUUGGAGGUACUUAACUUAAUGGCCUCCUUAUCCUUAACCUUUAUAAAGAAACAGAUGCCCCACUCGCCGACUCCUCGGGGCAAUCUCUUAAAUUCUUCUUCCUCUGUUCAUUCCUCCCCUAUAUAUGACAGAGUAGCGGCGACUCGGGCUCCAAUGUGAAGCGCCUGGCGGUGGAGACCGAUGCCAAGAUCGAGCAACUCCGGUUGGAGGCGGCGAGGAUCUCCCACGAUGUUGUCAAGAUGCUGCUCCACAAUGUGACGGCCAUGAAGUGA